CCUAAUACCUCCCACCAGCACAAAUAACGAGCAAGAUUCUUUUCUUAUAUAUAUAGUGUUGUCAAUAUCCAGUGGCCUAUGUAACUAGUGGAUUGUAAGUAAAGAAGAUGAAUAUGACUAAUAUCAAGAAAGUAUAUAUAUGGUUGUUGUUUUUGUUCAUGGCAAAUGGAUGGUGGUGCUGCUAUUGUUGUUGGAAUGAAGAAAGGACUGCUCUAUUGCAGCUCAAGGCAAACAUAAAAUACAGUACCAGCGACGACUAUUUGUCAUCGUGGGGGGCUAAUGAAACCACGAAUUGUUGUGGAUGGGAGGGAAUUGUUUGCAGCAACACAACCAGAAGAGUCAUAGAGUUGUCUUUCGGUGUCAAGAAAAUUAGUCAAGAAGAACAACUUAGUACUCUUAAUGGUACAUACACUGAUAAUAUUUUGCGAAACUGGCUUUUUAAUGCAUCUUUGUUUGUUCCCUUCAAAAAUCUCAAGGCAUUGCUCCUACCUGGACAUUCAUUGGCCGGUUGGGUGAAGAAUGAAGGUUUCGAGAAACUGAGACGACUGAGAAAACUGGAAGUACUUGAUUUGACAGGGAACAACUUCAAUCGCAGCAUCCUUGAGUCUGUUAGUCAACUUUCAUCUCUCAAGUCAUUGAACCUCUCACACAACCAAAUUGGAUCAGGUUCUGACAUAGGGUUCGGAUACAACAAACCUGGAUCAGGUUCUGAGAGAUUGUCCGGGUUAGACAAGCUCGAAAUCCUAGAUUUGAGCAGUAACAAUCUAGAUCAUGAACAUGUUCUCUCAGUUCUAGAUCUAAAUACAUCUCGAAUGGCAUUGAAGAAGCUCGAUCUAAGGUACAAUAGAUUCCAGAGUUUUAUGCCAAAUGAAGAUUUGGGGGCUUUAAGAAAUAUAGAGUAUUUACUGUUGGAUGGAAACACAUUGGAUGAGAACUUCCUCAGGAGCAGUGGUGUAAUGUCAUCCCUUAAAGUCUUAUCGGUAGCUGAAUGCAACCUCAAUGGAACCCUACCACUUCAAGGCUUGUGUGAUCUGAAAUAUCUUGAAGAACUAAGUCUUAGCAGAAACAGCUUCAUCGGUACACUCCCUACAUGCCUUGGAAACUUAACAUAUCUUCGGGUAAUUGAUCUCACUCAAAAUCAGUUUACUGGAAACAUUGCCUCAUCUCCACUUUCAUCUCUCUUUUCACUUGAAUACCUCUUGAUAGCAAACAACAACUUUGAAAUACCAAUUUCAUUCGAGUCAUUUGCUAACCAUUCAAAACUUAAGUUUGUCAUUGCCGACUACAACUCGGUAAUUGUACAUACUACUUCUAAAAGUUGGAUCCCAAAGUUUCAAUUGGAGGCCUUAUCUUUAUUCAACUGCUCUCAAAUGCCAAACUUCCUUCAUUAUCAACAUCACUUGAGACUUCUUCGUCUCUCGAGAUGCAACAUUGGAGGAGACUUUCCAAAUUGGUUGUUAGAAAACAAUUCUAGGCUUGGAGAAGUUUACUUGGAUGGAAAUGCAUUCGCUGGAUCUCUUCAAUUGCCGUUCCUUCCUAAUCUGAAAGCUUUGGAUAUCUCGAACAACAAGAUUCGAGGGCCACUUCCUCCUAACAUUGGAUCCAUUUUCCCAAAUCUCGUGAUAUCAACAAUGUCCAACAAUAUGCUUGAAGGCAUGUUGCCUUCAAGUUUUGCCGACAUGAAAAACCUUGAAUGCUUGGAUUUGUCAUACAAUAAGUUAAAUGGAGAGCUUCCGAUAGGAUUGGCUCGUGAAGGAUCCAAGUUAUAUCUUCUGAGAUUGUCUAAUAACAUGUUGAAAGGGGAAAUAUUUCCAGUUUCAGGUAACAUCAACAAUUUCCAAUAUUUAUACUUGGAUGGGAACAACUUCUCCGGCCCAAUUCCACAGAAGUUAUCCACUACUCCCUUACAAACGUUGGACUUAAGUUACAAUAACUUGUCAGGAAAUAUACCAGCAUGGCUUGGUAAUAUCUCCUCCUUAACCUCCCUUGCAUUGUCCAAAAACCAUCUAAAGGGUCAUAUUCCACCUGAUUACUGUAGACUUGAAAGACUGGAGGUGUUAGAUCUCUCUGAAAACAACCUUGUCGGUGUGAUUCCAGCCUGUUUCAGUGCUUUCCGAGAGUUAAAACGUGUUUAUCUGAGCAAAAACAAGUUACAAGGGGAAUUCAACAUGUUCUCAAACUCAUAUUUAAAAGUGUUGGAUCUAAGAUAUAACAACUUCAGUGGCUCUAUUCCAAAAUGGUUGGGCAGUCUUGGGAUAACAACCUUACUUUUAAAAGGAAAUCAUCUUCAAGGCACCAUUCCCACAGAAUUGUGCCGUGCGAGUGAACUGAGAAUUAUGGAUAUUUCUCAUAACAAUCUCUCGGGACCUAUUCCACGCUGCGUUGGGAACAUAAUGCAACAGGCCUUAAUAAUAGAACCAUACCCAUACAGUACAUCAUUUGGAUAUCCAGGAUUCCAGAUGUUUGGAGGAGAUACGAUGAUAGAUGUAGAAUCCUCAAUCAAGUCAUCAUCACCAAUUAUGUUUCUAAAUAACUAUGCAUGGGUUGGAGCAGAGUUUAUGACCAAACACAAUACGUAUUCCUAUGAAGGUAGCAUUGUUGAUGAUAUGUCCGGAAUCGAUCUUUCUUGCAACCAAUUAAGUGCCGAAUUACCUAAGGAGCUCAGUAAUCUUACCCAAAUUCGUGCUCUAAACUUGUCACAUAACCACAUAACUGGAAUGAUACCAUCAGAAUUCUCAAAUCUACAGAAUAUCGAGAGUUUGGAUCUAUCAUACAACAACCUGAUCGGAAGGAUUCCCACUCAAAUUCUAGAAUUGACAACUCUAGCAGUGUUUAGCGUGGCACAUAACAAUUUAACAGGUAGGACUCCACAACGUGCUGCGCAGUUUGCAACAUUUAAUGAAAGCAGUUAUGAGGGAAAUCCAUUUCUUUGUGGUCUUCCAUUGCAUAUCAGUUGCACGGAGACUAAAGAGGUGCCGAUAUCACCUCUUGGAUCUGAUUGUUGUGAAGACGAUACUGGCUUUCUAGAUAUAGAGUCGCUCUAUAUUUCCUUUCUUGUAGCGUAUGUAAAUGUGGUGCUCGUAACGGUUGUAGUCCUCUCAUUAAACCCCUACUGGAGAAAUAUUUGGUUUUAUUAUGUUGAGUCUUUCAUUUUUUCUUGUUACUACUUUUUUUCUUCAAAAAUGUAAACCUUACAUAUUAAGAUCACUUUCAAUUAAAUCAUACACCUGAGUGCUGUUCUUA